UUAAAACCGGCGGAGAUCUAAACGUCUCGGUAGAGACCUAAACGUUUCGGUAGAGACGUGUGUGUUGUUCCGACCCAUGUGUGACAUGUCUAUGCUCCGCCACGGGCCCCGCAGCUCAGAACUUUCCGUGCAGUCUUUUCCCGUGCCCGGACGGCGACAUGACGCUCGUUCACUGUCACCGGACCUGUGAUGGAAGUGGAUUCGAACGAAACAACGGAGUGCGUCAACUUGGUGAAGCGUGACCAUCUCUUCUCACGACGCGCUCCCGCAAGCUGCCUGAAACAGAAAACUCCUUCACCAGCUGGCCACCAUGAAUGUUUCCGUCUCCCAUCUCGCCAACAAGACCGUCCCAUUCUGCUUCUCCAUCAACAGCCCCCCUUUCAAGUCCAACCACACCAUCCCCUCAGUCAUCUUCCCAUCUGUCUUCACGGCUCUGGGCCUCACCUCCAACUUCAUCGCCUUUUUAGUGUUACUGCAGUCCUAUAAGCGCACACACAGCCGCUGGCGCUCCUCUUUCCUCAUCUUUCUGUGCGGCCUGGUGGUCACCGACUUCAUGGGACUCCUGGUCACAGGAUGCAUUGUCAUAUCCUUCUACGCCACCCAGUUCAACUGGCGCCACCUGGACCCAGGAUGCCACUUCUGCAACUUCAUGGGAAUGUCCAUGGUCUUCUAUGGCCUGUGCCCACUGCUGCUUGGUGCCGCCAUGGCCGUGGAACGCUUUGUGGGCAUCAACCGGCCCUUUGAGCGCUCUGCCAGUGCACCCAAGAGCCGGGCAUUGUCCAUGGUGCUGAUGGUGUGGACAUUUGCUGGCAGCGUGGCUCUGUUGCCCCUCAUUGGUGUAGGCAGCUACCACCUCCAGUCACCAGGCUCCUGGUGUUUCCUCAACAUUAGCUCUCUGGGCACUGACCUGGUGUUCUCUAUCAUUUUCUCACUGGUCGGGCUGUUCUCUGUUGCUGUGUCUUUUGUGCUAAACACGGUGAGCGUGGUGACUUUGGUCAAAGUGUGCUGUGGGCAAGAUAGGAUGCAGCGCCGCCGUGACCACGAAGUGGAGAUGAUGGUGCAGCUCAUCCUGAUAAUGGUGAUUGCCUCUAUCUGCUGGUGCCCCCUGCUGGUGUUUAUUGCACAGGCUGUGCUGUCUGAAACCUAUCUCCAAAAGCGUUACCUUGUGCUGUGGAUUCGCUUCGCUACGUGGAACCAGAUCCUGGACCCCUGGGUCUACAUCCUUUUUCGACGGGCUGUACUCAAGCGCAUCUACCCCAAUUUCGACUGGUCCCGGGGCUCCAUCAUGACCCUGUACCCGUCUUUCAGCGGCACCCUUCGCAGGCUCACACGCUCCUCCUUGCUGGGGCUUAGCCUGGGCCGGGAUGAACCAGGGGGAACGGUGACCACCGAUGGCACGCCACCAUUUACCCUGAAGACCCCGCCCACUGUGGAUGGGAGCUGUCACUCAGUUCAAUGAGAAGGGUAACUCGGUGGCAUUAGUUUUUCGUCAGUCCUGAGGAAUGCUGUGUUUCUGCCCUCAUUCUUUCUGCGUUCAUGUGUACUGAAACCUUCAGGCUGGACUUCAUAGUGAUGGACAUGGGAGCACCCUUCAUCUGGAGAGAAUGAAAAUCGGUCCUCCUACCUGAUAGCAUAUCUGCAAGUAUAUAUUAAACAUUUACAAGUUGCUUUCCCAGUUAAAUUUUUGUAGUUUAGCAGUGACAUUCUCAGUGACUACCAAGUCAGCUCUCACUCAGAGCAGCCUAUGAUGAGUUUGUAAGUAGAAACCUUUGGAUGAAAGAACAGUGCCUCUUACCAUUUGGACAUACUGCCAGCUGAAAGCUGACUAUUUGCCACUGACACACAAACUAAGCUGAAUUUAAAACUCAUGGGAAGUCAUUGAAUUGCCAUCAAGUUCUUUUCCAAACCACGCUUUGUCACAGACUAUGGAUUCACUCAUUUUAAGGCCAAUGGUUUUUGAACAUACCUAGCCAACGUGCUGAUCAAGUGUGAGUUGAGCUUGCUAAGCUCUGAAACGAGAUGAAAGCUGCGGUGUCUGACAGCAGCAUCUGGAGUAGC